UCUAUUAGUCCACCAAUAUAAAUAUAUAUCAUAUAGUACUAUCUCCAAAUAUAAGCCCGCUCAAGGAAACUACAAUAGCUUGGACUAGUUCUUUCUCGCUGCAACUUCAGUUUUUCAGGCAACAUGUCUGAUCAAGUGUUUACUGUGAUAAGGCAAGAACCAGAAUUGAUAGCUCCUGCUAGGCCCACCCCACAUGAGGUUAAGCUACUCUCAGACAUAGAUGACCAAGAUGGUCUUCGAUUUCAAAUCUCAGCAGUAUUCUUUUAUCCUGACAAGCCAUCCAUGGAAGGGAAGGACCCUGCUCACUCUAUCAAAAAGGCACUAUCUCAAACUCUAGUCUUUUACUACCCAUUUGCAGGUCGGCUCAGGGAAGGUCCUUGUCGUAAACUUAUGGUAGAUUGUAAUGAGGAAGGCGUCAUCUUCAUUGAAGCUGAUGCAGAUGUCACUCUUAAACAAUUUGGUCACCCUCUUCAACCUCCAAUCCCGUGUUUCGAAGAGAUCCUUUAUAACGUUCCUGGCUCAGAAGGAAUCAUCAAUUGUCCACUCUUGCUUGUUCAGGUUACACGGCUCAAGUGUGGUGGUUUCAUAUUAGCAUUUCGCCUGAACCACGCUAUGAGUGAUGCUCUUGGUUUUAUUCAAUUCUUGAAGGCCUUAGCAGAGAUUGCUCAGGGUGCUUGUGAGCCUUCCAUUCCCCCAAUUUGGCAUAGAGAGCUGCUAAAUGCAAGGGAUCCACCUCGUAUUACAUUCACUCAUCUUGAGUACGAGGAAGUGCCUAAUGAUACAAAAAUGACAAAAGACAUGUCCCACCACUCUUUCUUCUUUGGAUCCAACGAGUUAGAGGCCAUCCAUCAAAUGUUUCCCAAUGACCACCAUGGUCAACACACUACAUUUGAGGUACUUACAGCAUUCCUGUGGCGUCUUCGAACCAUAUCAUUGCAGCUUGAUCCAGACGAGGAGGUUCGUUUUGUGUGUGCAUGUAAUGUUCGUAGUAAGUCCAACCCUUCAUUUGUGCCUCUUGGUUAUUAUGGCAAUGCCGUUAUGUACCCCACCGUAGUUACCACUGCUGGGAAGCUGUGUGGAAACUCGUUUGAGUUUGCCUUAGAGCUAGUCAAGAAAGCGAAAAGUGAGGCAACAGUGGAGUAUAUACAGUCUGUAGCAGAUCUUAUGGUGAUUAGAGGGCGACCAAGCUUCAUUCUAACAAGGUCGUGGCUGGUCUCGAAUUUAACGCGUGUUGGGUUUAGAGAUGUAGAUUUUGGUUGGGGCAAGGCUGUAUAUGGUGGGCCUGGAAUUGCAGGUUUUGGACCUUUUCCUGAAAUAAGCUAUUUCAUUGCUUGUAAGAAUGCACAAGGAGAGGAAGGUGUUGUAGUGCCAAUUUGCUUGCCUGCGGAUUCUAUGAAGAUGUUAGUUAGAGAAUUAGAUAAAAUGCUUGGCAAUAAUCUUAGUUAA